UUGAUUUAACUCUAGUAACAGAUGUGAUGACAGGCUUAACACCACAAAUAUCAGGUUCACCAACAAGAAAAUCUGUUGGCCUAUCACAGGACCUAACGUUCUCUUUAAUGUCUGGACCUGAUACUGUACUAGCGGAUUUUAUGGCAUCAGAUUAUACACAAUUCUCAGAAUGGACUGAUGGAUUAAACAUGUUAUUUGAUAAAAAUAUUGGAAGCAAAGAUACAGCAGAAUUCAUACAGAUUCUGACAGAAAUUGGAGUAAAGGUUAAAUUGUUGGAUUUGAGUGGUGAGAAAGUUGAAAUACCACAAGGUGUUGAAGUACCUAGGGAGUUACCUGUUGUUGAUAAUGGAUUUUAUUAUGGUGACCCUUUUUCAUAA